UUCACUUUUUAUCUCUAAUAAUACCUAAUAUUACCAAAAAAUCCCAACAUUAAUAAUAUUUUCAAAUUAAUGCUAAGCUUUUCCCUCCUACCGAAAAUACCCUUCCCAUUCAAUCUCAGCCUUCUCUCUCUCAGUCUCGGUUUCUCUCUCUUUCAGUCUCACAAAAAUCCCCCAAAAACCAUCGAACCCCCACCUCCGUCGAGCCGCCAUCUCCGUCGAGCCGUCGAGCCCGCAUCUCCGUCGAGCUCCCACCUUCUCCGUCGAGCCCCCACCUUCUCCCAUUUCUCCGGCGAUCUCGAGCCCACUGCAAACUCCCAUUUUUCUGUCAAACCCGAGACCCACGGAGCAUAUUUCCUUCAAAGUUUAAAAAACUAAGAUGCCUAAGUUGCUUGUUCCGUUCAGUGAUCACUUUCCUGGUCGAGUGACAUAUCGGGGUAGUAGUACUUUAAAUCACAUCAAGACCAGGUUUUUGGAGCUCGGGCUGCUUGAAAGGGCUAAGGAAUCCCCUUUUAAGCAAUUCUUUUUGGCUUCGGAGUUUAAUUUCUCCGGAGUCUUGGUGCAUCAACUGUUGCUGAGGAAAAUCGCCAACAACAACGAAGAUGAGGUGCAUUUUUUCUUGGGGUCGAAGUCUUGUAGAUUCGGCAUGGGAGAGUUUGCCCUGGUGACGGGGUUGGAUUUCAGUGCCUUCCCGUCACCAGAAGAGUUGGAAGGGCGUAAUCUCAGCGAUCGGUUGAUAAAGGAGUAUUUCAACGAUGCUGAGAAAGUAAAGCUGUCACAGGUGGACCAUGCUUUCAAGACUUGUACGGUUGUGGAAGAUGUGUACAAGCUUGGUCUAUGUCUGUUUGUUGAGGGGGUUCUGAAUGCCAUUGAGGGAAAACUGCACAUUUGGCGAGAUAUUCUAAAAAUUGUUGAGAAUGUAGAGUACUUCUUCAGCUAUCCAUGGGGGAAGUACUCUUAUAGGAGGCUAUUGCAUUCUUGUAAGAAGGACAUGGUGAAGCAAAAGGCCAACUAUGAUGCCAAGAAGGAUGCCAAGGUGCAGCAAGAGUCCAAAUACAGUAUGUAUGGUUAUGCCCCCGCCUUACAGUACUGGGCAUAUGAGGCUAUCCAACAGCUUGCGGUGGAGCUUGUUGUGAGCUCGGGAAACAUGUUCCCGAGGAUGCUUAGCUGGUCGCAUCGGAGGAACAAGGAUUUCACCAAGUCCGUCAUCGCACCGAUAUUAUUGAAGAAGAAUUUAAUUGUUCUUCCGAUGUUGAAGCCUCGGCCAGCAGAAAAAGACUAUUACUUGUCUUUGACUGAGGGAGAUCUUCCCCUUUAUCCUGGGCUUGGCCAGGAUCCCUCGGAGACUGAUGAGGAGGAGGAUGCGACUUUUGAGAAAAUGGCAGAGAAAGUUUCUCAGGCUGCCGAGGCAGCCAAGAUAUUUGUUGAUGCUGCCCCGGGGGAGGAGGUUGCAGGUCCCACCCCUCCUAUUCCCCCAGCCUCAGCCCCAGCCUCAACCUGUGCCCCAGCCUCAGCCCCAGCAUCAACCUGUGCCCCAACAUCAGCCCCAGCCUCAGUGUCAGCCCCAACACCAACCCCACCACCAGCCUCAGCCUCAGCCCCUGAGCUGGCCGACUUGAUUGAGCGGUUGGACAGAGUCGAGGGUCGACAGGAGACCCUCUUGAAGAACCAGUCAGUGAUCUUGGACGUACUCAGUCAGAUCCUGACAUUUGUUAAGGAGAAACCGAGGGGGUCCAAUGAAGAUUCAGAGUUAGAGUCAUUGGAUCUUCCGCUAGACUAUGUUGAUGAUCCAACGACGCCCCCUACCAUCAUUGUGACACCAGAUGCUGAGACUCCGGGAGUCGUUAUUGUCAACCCUGAGGAUGUUGCUGGGGUUCAGUUUCAGAGGGCUAGACGCCAAAGACGCAAGCCAGAUUGGUUUGAGGACUAUACGGAUCCCACGAGGAAAAGACCUCGCACUGCUGCAGCUGCACCAGCAGACGAGGCUACACAAGAGGCUACACAUGAAUGUUUUGAAGUCCAUGCUGCCACUGCUCCCAAAACUAUUAUGGAGAAGUAUGAUGCUUGGAUUUUAUCCAACAACAGUGCUAAGGGCUACAUGCUUUCUAGUAUGAGUGAUGUACUCAGAAAGAAGCAUGAAGACAUGGAGACUGCAUUUGAUUUAUGGGAGUUUCUUCAAGCCAUGUUUGGACAACAGUCCGAUCAAUGCGGACAUGUGGCUACUAUAACCUACUUGAACAUGAAAAUGAAGAAAGGAGUUUAUGUCAAAGAACAUGUUCUGAGCAUGAUCAACACAAUGCAUGAUGCAAAAGUUCAUGGAGCAACCAUCUAUGAGAGUACUCAAAUUCUUAGCUUUUUGAGGGAGCUUGCUGAUGAUGUGGUGACUAUGAGGGUUGGCAGUGGUCAGAUUUUGACUAAUUUUUCUCUUUAUGCAACUAUAUCUGUGAGGACAACGCAGUCUGUGACCCUCGAGGAGAUGGAACUGCCAGGAGCUUUAGAUUUGAGGGGUGCUUUUAAGGUCGGCGGGACCGGAGCUAGUUGCGUGGUGAAGUGGCCUAGGGUGACCAAGAAAAUAGCUCUGAAGAUGGGGAGUACCACCAAAUCUCUGUUUAAGGACAAAGGUGCCAGCACUGCCCGGGAGCAGCCACAAAGAGAACUUCCCCUAGCUUCGGUAACAACGGUUACUAUCCAACAAGAUCCUCAUCCUCCUCCUCGACACAUACCUCCCUCAAAUCCUUAA